AUGUCUAAUAAGGUGCCGAAGAUACUUAAGAGAUCGUUGAACCUCACGGCCGAUGGACUCUUUGAGUGCAAGACUUGCAACGAAGAAUUCCCCUCCUUUCAGGCGCUUGGCGGGCACCGGGCCAAUCACAAGAAGAAGCCCCACACUCAAAAGUUUGCACUUGGUGGCCACCACUACUCCUGCUCAAUAUGUGGCAAGAAGUUUCGCAUCAGAAAUUCGCUUGUCACCCACCUGCGCCGACAUAGAUCUGCCAACAAAAAGUCUAGCAAUACUACUAAUGGCUCAAAGGGAGGAGAUCAGGAUGACCAGAAAAAUAAUGGAAAGGAGCCAAUUCAAAAGAAACAACAUUUGGAUGUCGAUUUGAAUCUAACCCCAUUUAAAAAUUUCGUGGAAAAUGGAGUUUUGAUUUCCUAG